UAUAUAAAUGUAUUUGACAAAAUGUUUUUGCAGUUGUUUAGUUAAACUUUGUCUAUUACGUCAUCUGGAGUCUUCACUGGAAGAGUUCUGUUGAGAGUUAAGAGUGCGACGCUGAAGUAGUCCUCCACCAACAAGGGCACUGCUGAGAGGUUCUCACAAUGGCUCUCCAUCCUCCAACUUGCCCCUCAGGCCAGCCUGUGCCGCUCUGAUGAGCUCAGGAGAGCCAGGUGGGUGCAUGGUCAUCAUUUCUAGGUGCGUAAGAAGUGCAAGAACCCCUGAGGAGGCAUGACACUGCACUUUCACCUCGGAGCGUAUAAAGGUGUUCCACAGAGGUUGCCAGCACAAGGUGAGCUCUUGCUUUGCAGCGACAGGAUGGGUCUCGUGUGCCUCACCAUUCUGCUGGCUGCCACCCUGAUGCUCAGCGAAGGCAAGAUCUCAGAGUACCAGCUGGAAACAGAGAGCCUGAGUCAGUGUGAGUUGCUGCGUGGUGUUGGGCCAACUCAGCAGCGUGACCAUGUGCCCCAGUGCUCAGAGGAUGGACGAUUCAGGCAUGUGCAGUGCAGUGCAGGUGGUGAGUGCUGGUGUGUGGACGCUGAGGGAGCCGAGCUUCCCGGCAGCAGACAGAACGGAUCGGCCAUCCACUGUCUGACUUCAUGCCAGAUGCACAGACAGCGCGUGCUCCAGCGUGGUGAUGAGACUGGCCUGCUACCCGUAUGCUCAAACUCUGGAGAAUACCAGGCGGUGCAGUGCCAGCCUGCUGCUGGGCAGUGCUGGUGUGUAGACCAGGAGGGCAUGGAGAUCUAUGGAACACGCCAGAAUGGCAGACCUGCACGCUGCCCUGGGGGCUGUGAGAUCCGUGAGCGUCGUCUCCUUCACGGAGUGUCUGAACCCUCCCCUCCCCAGUGCUCUGAUGAUGGCGUCUUCCUGCCCGUGCAGUGCAAGUUCAUCAACACCACGGACAGCAUGGUGUUCGACCUGCUCCACACAUUCAACAGACAUCCUGAGCUGUUUCAGACAUUCAGUGGGUUUAGAAAUACCUUCCCUGAGAUCUCCAGCUACUGCUCCUGCGCCGACAGCCGUGGUAGAGAACUACCCAGCACAGGCUUGGAGCUGCUCCUGGACGAGGUGUACGACACGGCCUUCUCAGACACAGGUGCAGGGCGCUCCUUCACCCAGUCCAACAUGUACCGCAUCCUGCAGAGAAGGUUCCUGGCUGUACAGCUGGCCAUGACUGGAAGAUUCAGAUGCCCCACUCCAUGUGAAAGCGAGAGGUCAGCUGCCUCUAAAGCUGGCAACGUGUUUGUGCCCUCCUGUGAUGCCAGUGGGGCGUAUGUGCCAACCCAGUGCCAGACUGGUGGUCAGUGCUGGUGUGUUGGUGCAGAUGGAAAAGAGGUGUUUGGGACACGUAAGCAGGGGCAACCUGACUGCAGUGCUGGACUGAGGGACUGCCAUUCUGAGAGGCGACAGGCUCUCUCUAGGCUCUUAUCUGGCCCUGUGGCCGUCCGGCCGGCUGACACACAGCAAGAGGGUGUAACUCCUGUCUCUGUCUGCAGCUCCGAGUUCCAAGAGCUCCUGGCCAAAUCUGGCCUUCUCCGUUCACUCCCCGAGUCGGACCGUUCAGAUAUCGGGGACAUCCUAGCUGAGCUUGUGCACGGAAUGUUCCCCACAGGUGCCUUGGCUCUGAAGGCCCUGACCCUCACUCCAAAUCCCAAGAGGCUACAGGAGAACCUCUUUGGGGGCAAGUUCCUGAAGAACGCAGGCAACUUCAACUUCUCCGGUGCCGUGGGCUCCAGAGGCACCCUGAGUUUCAGUCAGACCUUCAGCCAGGUGGGCGUCACACUGUCUGGUGCACAACUGGUGCAGCUGGCGAAGAUCUUCUCUCCAGGGCAGGUGAUGGGAGGGGAGACCUUGGACCGGGAGAUCACUGAUGCCUUUGGGCGCUCCGUGAGCCUGAAGAACAACCAGGAUCUGAUCCAGCUGCUGGGGGCAACUCUAGAGAGCGAGCCCUUCCUCGCCACCCUCAGAGAGGCCAUCACCCUUCUGAAGGCUGAAGACAGCACCCAGCUAGGCGCUCUCUUCCGGGCCGUGUUCCAGGGCUCAAAACCAGACAUGUGCCAGUCUCCCUCUGCGGCGUAUGUGCCCCAGUGUGACGAGCAAGGUCAGUUUGAAGAAGUGCAGUGCACAGGCUCAGAGUGCUGGUGCGUUGACUCAGAGGGUCGGGAGGUCAAGGGGUCACGCACCGUGGGGUCGAGGCCGAGAUGCCCCAGCCAGUGUGAGACGGAGCGAGACGCAGUUGUCACAGCCAAGGCCAGCAUGUCGGCCGGCGCUCAGAUCUUCAUCCCCAAGUGUGAAGAGAGUGGGGCGUACGUGCAGCGACAGUGCCAGGGCCAGAGCUGCUUCUGCGUGGACAGAUCGGGGAGCAGACUCAGCACAUCAGCGGUUGGGACUCCCCGGCAGUGUCCAACAGAUUGCCAGACUAGUGCAGCAGAGGCCUUCUUGCAGACGGUCCGCUCUGCGCUGUCUGACCCAUCCUCUGUGUCCCGUCUCGCUGAUGUCUACGUCCCUCGCUGCACGCCAGACGGGCGCUGGCACCAGGUCCAGUGUGACGGCCCCCCUGAGCAGGCCUUCGACUUCCAUCAGGAGUGGGCACAGCUCAACAACGCUGGCAAAGACCUCCCUGUGUCUGAGCUCCUGGCUAUUCUGAAGAAUUAUGGGAAAAACCCUGCAGCGAUGUCGUCCUUUGGGGGGUUCCUCUCAGCUCUGUUCGAGGCGGGGCACCAGAGGGUCUUCCCCGUGCUGAGGCGUUUUGCCACGUUCACUGAUCUUCCUCAGGAUGUGGUGCAGGGGCAGAUGGAGGCUGUGUUUGGCCCCUCAGUCUUCCUCAACCCCCUGUCCAUGUGGACACUCCUGAAGGGGGGUGCCUCGCGCUACCCUGGCCCCCUGUCAGACUUCAGCCUGCCCCUCGGCCAUCUCCACCUCCGCCAGUGCUGGUGUGUCAGUCCAGCUGGAGACACUGUACCCGACACAAAAGCACCCCCCAACCAGGUCCCAAAAUGUCCAGGCACGUGCGCACUGGCUGAGCAGGAGGUGACUCGGUUCCUGGCGACGGCCGAGGAGUUCAUCUCUGUGUCCAACAGCUCUCACGUUCCUGUGGGCUACAGCUUCCUGCUGGCUGAGGCCGUGCGCCUGUCCCCCCAGGAGCUGCUGCUGCGGGCUGUGCCUGCUGGAGCCCAGCUGUCAGACGCUCUGCUCAGCCACUCCAGCUCCUCCCUGCGCCUGGCCGCCCACUCCACACUCCACUUCUACUGGCAAAGUCGUCUGAUGUCGUCUGGCGUGGAUAAAGAGAGUUUACAGCUGGGCUAUCAGCCCUACCAGCCCCACUGUGACAGCCAGGGCCAGUGGCUGCCCCAGCAGUGCCACCCCAGCACAGGUCAGUGUUGGUGUGUGGAUGAGGAGGGACGGUACAUCACUGGAUCCCUGACCAGACACUCUACUCAGCCUCCUCAGUGUCCCAGCAGAUGCCAGCGGGCCCAGAGUCUUUCCGACCUCUCUGACUGGGUUAAGCCAACCAGCGACAUCACUUCCUAUUACAGCCCUAGCUGUGAUGAGAAAGGGCAGUUCUCUGUGCUCCAGACUCCGGGAACACAAGGUUCUUCUGCCUGGUGUGUCGACCCUGCGACUGGACAAACCAUCCAGCCUGCACUCCAAGGCCCUGAUGGAGAAUAUAAAUGCCCUGGCUGGUGUGCCCUGCAGAGGGCUCGUGCCCUGAGCAGAGAGGUGGGUGUGGGCUUUGAACCUGUGUGUGAGCAGGAAGGGGCCGCGUUCUCCGCGCUGCAGUGUGACCAGGCCGACUGCUGGUGUGUGUCGGAGGACAGUGGCCUGGAGCUCCCAGACACACGCACCCCACGCCGCACCGGCCAGACCCCCAGCUGUGACCGUCCUCAGUGCCCGCUUGCGUUUGGUCCUGCCAGCGUGUCUCACGGCUCUAUGGUGUGCCACCCUGAUCAGCGUGGGCAGCGCUGUGAGAUGCUCUGCCAUCAGGGCUACGUCAGCGUCUUUCCAGCUGCUACCUUCCUCUGUGACCCCAAGAGCAGGAUGUGGCUCUCGGACGCUCCACUGGCCAACUCCUGCCAACGCUCCCAGGUGUUUCAGACGGUUAGCAGUGGUGCUGCCCUGCAGCUAUCUCUGAAGGCAGGUCAGAGGUCAUGUGAUGCCCAGCGCUCGGAGCUUCAGUCCUCCCUGCUGCGUGACAUGAGGGCCACAGGACUCUGCAGUGUGCAGCUGUCAGAUGCCAGCCGGACCAGCGGCGUGUCUGUGUGUGACGAGUCGUCUGUGUCUCUGGAGUGUGUGACUGAGGACCGGCUGACCGCACACUUCACUCUCACUGCACGCCUCUCUGCCCUGCCCUCCAGUGCUCUCCCAGACCUGCAUGAUGUUGACCUGGCGCUGAGCAGUGAGAGGUUUCUGGCUGGACUGCUGGAUCUGAUCGGAGAUGAACGGUACCAGUCUCUGAUGUCGGCCAAACGGGCUGAGGCCAUCCUCUCUGAGACCAGCUUCAGCUGUGCAGCAGGUUACCAGAUGAUUCCAGAUGCCAAAGGCUGUGUGGUGUGUCCUGCGGGCACCUUCUCCAGUGGUGCAGUGUGUUCAGCGUGCCCAACUGGCACUUACCAGGAGCGGGCAGGCCAGAGCGUCUGCAGGCGGUGCCCAAUGGGCACCUCUACCGUGGCUCAAGGGGCAUUCAGUGCCACCCAGUGUGUGACGUCUUGUCAGCAGAGCGGGAUGCGGUGUACCGAGAGAGGGGACUUCCUGUCUACACAACAAGACAUCCUGUCUGGCAGGUGGCAGUGUGUGACACUGAGUGGGCAGCCUUUGCCAUGGACAUCAGCUGAGGAGCCAAUCACAGAGCAGGAUUGUGCAGCGCUGCAGAACUUUGAUGCUGUGCCUGACUCCCAGCUGGUCUUUGACGCCCAAGAUUCCAUCCUUCUCCGCUCCGAGACUGUGGAUCUGCCCCUGGAGAACCAGCUCAGGAAGUGUGUGAUAGAUUGCUCUCUGGACAAGACCUGUCAGCAUGUGGCUGCGUACAGUGCAGAGGGCCGACCUCACUGUGACCUCUACAGCACGGCCACGGCCAAUGUGGAGUGCAGGACGUCGGAGCAAACCAAAGGCUUUCUGGGUAAUCCAGUAGCAGAGUUGUACCAGAGUCUGCGCUGCUCCCUGAAGCUGAGGGUGGAGCGUAGGCCCAACCUCACUGUACUGAGGAAAAAAGGUCACGAGUUCUCCGCUGUGGUCAGGCAGAAGACCUUUGAGAGGCUGGCUUUCCGUAAGGCGGGUUCUGGGGUCUACCGCACACUGGUGUUUGCAGCGAGUGGGGCUGAGCUGGCGGAUGCCCACCGCUUCUGUGCAGACAUCUGCAGUCAGGAGGCGUGCUGUGACGGCUUCAUCCUCAACAAGAAUAUCCUGGAUGGAGGCUCUCUAAUGUGUGGUCUCCUGAGCCACCCUGACGUGCUCCUGUGCAGUGAGGCUGACUGGGAUGUGGCCGGCCUGGGCCAGUCCAGCAGGAUCUGCGGUGCUGGGGUCAUGUACAGCAAACAGAACAAGCGCUUCACCUUUAACUUUGGUGGCCAGAUCUUCAACAUCACUGACACAGCAUUGCCAGCAUCAAGCAAAAAUAAAACAGACUACCAGGCCUCCAUCAUAGGCUUCCAGCGAGUCUACAUCUGGAAAGAGAGCGACAUGAGCACACGGCCCAAGACCCCCGCCUGCGCCAGCUCUCCGUCUCAAACAGCCACCGGAGAACUCUUAUCUGAUGCAGUGCUACGGUCAUUUGGUUCCUUGGAGGCAAGUGAAGUUCAAGUGGAUCCUAAGAAGGCAAUACCCAGCCAGCAGUACUGGAUCUUCAAACACCAGUUCACCCCGGAGCAGGCGAAACUCUGGUGCCUAAAACGCUGUGAUGAGGAGGAGCUGUGCCACGUUUCUGACCUGCGUGACGAAGGCUCAGUGUAUUUCCUGUGUGAGCUGUACCCUGACACGCGUGUGUGUGGAGCCUAUGACAAACCCCUCAGGCAGGCCUGCAGCCUCCAGCUCCCCAGGGACCCUCAGACAGCCCACCGCAAGAGAGUUGAUCUGACUGGCAGUGUGGAGAGCUUCUACACUCGUGUGCCUUUUAAGAAGAUGGUGUCCUACUCUGUACGCAGUAGGGUGAACCUGUCGGCCAAGCCCAUCACUGAAGGGUUCUUGGAGUGUGAGCGACGCUGUGAUGAAGACCCUUGCUGCCGGGGAAUGGGAUACGUGAAGGACACAGCAGCAGCAUCAUCAUCAGGCUCGGAGCUGCUGUGCCUGACGCUGAACAGCCUGGGCAUUCAGACGUGUGGGGAGAGCGACCGCACCAGCUGGAGGGUACAAGACUGCAGCCCCUCGAAAGUGGAGACUCAGGUUUACCCACUUGGCUGGUAUGAAAAGCCAGUGAACCAGUGGACCAAAAGCCCAAGGCUGUGCCCCACCUUUGGCCUGCGCUCUCCUUCUAAGAAUGUGACCAUGUUGGACUGGAAGCUCCAGGACACAUCGGUGGUCCUAGUAGAUCCAUCUCUCUCCAUGUUCGAUAUUGUGCACAUCAGCAAAGACAUCGCCGGGGAUGCAGAGAGGGUGAGAGACUGGUGCCUAGCAGCCUGUGAGGGGAGUGUGUCCUGUGUGGCGGUGUCCCUGGAGAGCAGGGAGUCUGCGUCGCGCUGUGUUCUAUAUCCUGACACGCACAGCUGCAUUCCCUCUGAGGAUACUCAGGACUGCCGGCUACGGAUCAGAGAGCCUUCCUCUCAGGUGUACCUCAGGACAGUGUCAGCCCUGAGGCAGGAUGUGCCCUCAGUGGUUAUUCCUGGCCACGGGCAGCUCCUGGGACAGUCAGCAGUCACAGCUGUUGGCUCCAACAGGAAGAAUGUCUGGCAGUUCCUGGGUAUUCCAUAUGCCCAACCACCAAUCAAAACACUUCGAUUCAGCCCACCUCAGCCAGCUGACUGGACAGGGUCCUGGGAUGCCACCGUUACAAGACCCAGCUGUAUACAGCCUGGAGUGAACUCUGGCACCAGUGAGGACUGUCUGUACCUGAAUGUAUUUGCCCCAGCUGGUCUGAGAGAUGCCCCAGUGUUGGUGUUCUUCCACAACCCCUCCUCCGCAGUCUCCACAGAUGGGCCUGGGCUCUUAGACGGCUCCUACCUGGCUGCCGUCGGGAACAUCAUUGUGGUCACAGCUAGUUUCAGGGUGUCUGCCUUUGGGUUCCUCAGCACAGGAUCAGACAGCCUCCCAGGGAACUAUGGCUUGCUGGACCAGGUGGCAGCUCUGCAGUGGGUCCGCAAGAACAUCGCUCAGUUUGGGGGGGACUCCAGACGUGUGACGCUGGGCGCUGAGAGGAAUGGAGCCGACAUCGCUAGUCUUCACCUCACCUCCUCCUCCUCCUCAGGCCUCUUCCUCAGAGCACUCCUCAUGGGUGGCUCAGUGUUCUCUCCAGCAGCGGUGCAGAGCCGCUCCAGGGCCCAGGAGCAGAGCUCCUCUCUGGGCCGAGAGAUGGGCUGCUCCUCCACAGAUUCUGCCCAGCUGCUGGCCUGUCUCAGACAAGCUCCAGCAGAAGCCAUCAAUGCAGCCCAGACUAAGCUGCUGGCAGUUAGCGGACCCCUGCAGGCCUGGUCCCCUGUGGUGGAUGGGCUCUCUGUGAAGGAGGAUCCAGCGUCGGCGUUCAGAGGCUCUCGCUUCCACAGAGGCGACCUGCUGAUGGGCUCCUCCGCUGAGGACGGCCUCAUCAGUCGCGCUCGCAACAUCAAGAGGUUUGAGGAACUGCAGGGGAGGUCAGACGGUAAGACGGCCUUCUAUGAGGCUCUGUCCAACUCGCUGGGUGGUCCUGAGGCCAGUGCGUUUGUGAAAGAGGCGGCCUCCUGGUUCUACUCUCUGCAUCACACGCCCAGUCCUGCUGGGUACAACGUCUUCUCUCGUGCCCUCGAGAGUGCCACCAGGGAUCUCUUUAUCAUCUGUCCGUCUAAGAAGAUGGCCGAGUUUUGGGCUGCCAACACCAAAUCUAACGUCUUCAUGUACCACCUACCUGAGAAUAUGACCCACAUCAGUGCCGCGCUGCCUGUGCCCCUGGAUGUGCAGCUGGUGUUUGGUCUGCCCCACAGCACGCCCACGCAGCAGCUCUUCUCCACCCAGGAGAGAACACUCUCCAAGCAGAUGAUGACUUACAUGGCCAACUUCAUCAAGGCUGGUGAUCCCAACACACCGCUCUCUCUGGCGCGGGUGUCGUUUGCCAAGCUCCUGCCCGCGUGGCCACGUGUCCUGGCACAGCCCACCGGGGACAACUACAAGCAGCUGAGUGGAGCCCUGAGCAACGGCCGAGAGCUGCGCCGGGCGGAGUGCUCCUUCUGGGACGACUAUGUUCCUGCUCUGAAGAGCUCCACCGCCAACUUCUCCCAGGAUGCUGUUGUGGCUGAAUCUACAGGUGCUGCAGCUCCAACACCAGAGUCUAAGCUAAUACAUGCUUUCCAAGAUUUGGUGACACAGAACAAGCCAAAGUCUGAGAAGGAUGCCUACAAUUAAAAUGUUGGACAGUCAGUCUGUAUCUCUGAAGAAACUGACUACUCCUAUAUACACCCAUCAAUUAACCAGAUAUUGAUGCUUAAUCAUGCAGCAAUUAACUCGUCAUCUUCAAUCAAGUUGUGCAAAUUCAACAAUAAAGUGCAUUGACAUUAAA